AGUGUUCUCUACCUAAUUAAGCAAGCUAUCCUAUUUCCCGAGUAUCCUGUUUUGUUAUCUUCUGCUCACCGUGUUUUUUCCCCCGUUCGUUUCCAGCCCCUUGUUCCGGGACCCGUCCGGUACCUCCCUCCCAACCACCUUCCUGCCUUCCCGUUAUCGAACUUCGCCUGUAUUGACUCCCCGCUCUGUUGACUGAUUCCUGCCUGACCUUCUGACCAUUCUUGCCUCCCGGACUUGUACCACUGCUAUCCACUAUCAUCUCAGACUACUACAAUAACCAUCAUCAUUGUCCUUUUACCCCGGUGUCUGUAUCUGCUUCUGGAUCCUACCUCUGUCCUGAGUCCCGGGAAUCGUGACAAUGUGUCCACGAAGAGAAACAGGUCUAUGAAUCCUUCCAACUUCAGAGAAGGAGACUUUUCAACUGAACAAAGGAAAAUGCCAAUUCAGCGGAAGAGACCAGCCUCCCCUGUACCCAGCUGUGUGUCCAUGAAGGGGGUCAUGCCUGUGGGUCAGGAUACUGGGUUAGCGGAGGCAGCCCUUUCACCUGAAGAAGGAGACCAACAGGAGAGACCAGAGUCUGAGAUUCUCAGUGGUCAAUCUGUCCAGAGUCAUCAAACAGACCUGUCCUCCAAAUACAGUGAGAGCAGUGCCAAAGACAGGAAGAACAUGAACCAGAGGGAGUUUACUGACACACUGGAGAAAAGUCCAACUUGUCUGAUGCAAGAAAUGAAGACUAAACUGAAAAAGAAGUAUCAAAUGCUGUGUGAAGGAACUGGACAGCAUGUAAACCAAACUCUAUUAAAGGACAUCUACACAGAGCUCUAUAUCACAGAGGGUGGAAGUAAAGGAGUUAAUGAAGAACAUGAGGUCAGACAGAUCAAGAUGGCGUCCAAGAGACAAACCACACCAGAGACACCAAUCAAAUGCAAUGACAUCUUCAAGCCAAUGAAACAACAUCAGAAAAAAGGUGUGAGGAGAAACUUGACUAAAGGAAUCGCUGGCAUUGGAAAAACAGUCUCUGUGCACAAGGUCCUCCUUGACUGGGCAGAGGGAAAAGCGAAUAAGGAUGUUCAUUUAAUAUUUCCUCUUCCUUUCCGUGACCUGAACCUGAAAAAGGACCAAUAUAGUCUGAUGCAACUUCUUACCAACUACUUUCCAGAACUGAAAGAAAUUGAACGAAUUGAAGAUGGUUUAACCAAAACAGUUUUCAUUUUUGAUGGUCUGGAUGAGUGUCGACUUCCUCUAGACUUUAAAAACAAUAAGAAGUGCUGUGAUGUCACAGAACCAACCUCAGUGGACGUGUUGCUGACAAACCUUAUCGAGGGGAAUCUGCUUCCCUCUGCUCUCCUCUGGAUAACCACACGACCUGCAGCAGCCAAUCGGAUCCCUCCUGAGUGUGUUGACCAAGUCACAGAGAUACGAGGGUUCAAUGAGCCACAGAAAGAGGAGUACUUCAGGAAGAAAAUCACAGACCAGAAUCUGGCCAAUGAAAUCAUCAAGCACAUAAAAACAUCAAGGAGCCUCCACAUCAUGUGUCACAUACCAGUCUUCUGUUGGAUAUCAGCUAAUGUCCUUGAGACGAUGCUGAAAGAAGCAGAGAAAGAUGAAAUCCCCAAAACUCUGACCCAGAUAUACGAACACUUCCUGCUCAUCCAAACCAGUAUGAAAAACAAAAAGUACAACAAAUCCACAGAAACAAAUCCAAAGGAACUGUCUCAGUCAGACAAAGACAUGAUCCUGAAGUUGUCAAAGCUGGCUUUCCAACAGCUUCAGAAGGGCAACCUGAUCUUCUAUGAGGAGGACCUGAGAGAGUGUGGCAUUGAUGUCUCAGAGGCAUCAGAGUACUCAGCACUGUGUACAGAGAUCUUUAAAGAAGAAUCUGGGCUUUACCAAGAGAAUCUGGGCUUUACCAAGGUUGCUGCCGGUAGUGAAAACCUGUAAGAGAGCAAUACUGUCUAGUUGUGGAAUCACUGUGGAAGACUGUGCUUCUCUGGUCUCAGCUCUGAAGUCAAACCCCUCACA